UCGACAACAGUAAUGCCCGAUAUAAAACCGUUAGUAAUAACAGUAAAACAUGAAGUGCUCCGUCUUGAUUUUCGUAUUGUGUACGGGGAUUCCCGCUUCCGUUGGUAAUGUCAAACUCCCUUGCACAGAAGACAUGUUCCAUAGCAACACAAAUGCGUAUUGGGCAUGCGCAGCACAGUUCGCGUUACAGUCUAAUUGGUUCCCAUCGCCUAUCGCUGGUCUAUUCAGUUACCAGAUUUGGAAUGGAUUCGAUGGUUUCUGGCAAAAUGGCGCCGUUCUGGAGCCGUUCGUCAACUUCAUGGUCUACGCCAAUCAUACUCGAUACAACACAGUCGUUCAGAAAUCCCAGCGUAGCCUUUACCAGCUGUUAGAAGCGUACGGGCCCUAUCCUUCAUUUGACGAUAUGGGUUGGUAUGGCCUUAGUUACGCGAGAAUAUACGAGGUACAAGGAGGUGAUGACUUCCUGGAUUCAGCAGUAGACAUCUUUAAUUGGGCUUGGGAGACAGGAUGGGACAAAAGCAAUAAAUGUAACGGGGGUUUCUUUUUCGAUAAUCUUCAAAAUGCAAAACAAACGAUCACAAAUGUUGAGCUUUUUCAAUUAGGUGCUAAGCUUUAUCGACUGCGAAAGGAUUCAACUAUUCUUGAGAAAGUCCAGCAGAUACACAAAUACAUAUUUAGUAACGAAAUUGUAGACAUGAAGACCCACCUGGUCGUGGAUGGAAUAUUCAUGGAUAACUGUAGCAGCAACGGAGUGUACGGUCCGUCAUACAACGGCGGAGUAUUUAUUGGAGGGCUAGUCGAAUACUACAAAGUCACCGAAGAUAUUUAUUAUCUAGAAUUGGCCAAGCAGAUCGCAGAGGCCAUCAUCGAAACAAAGUCCAACAAUAGCCAGAUUUUGACAGAAUAUUGUGACCCUAAUUGUAACGAAGACGCCAUGAUGUUUAAAGGGAUAUUUGUGAGAAACUUAAGAUAUUUAAUGGACGCGCUGCCAUCAAACGAUACAGCAACCAGAAAUAGCUACCAGAAAUGUCUUGACACCAAUGUUAUAGCCAUAUUAGAAUUAAACAUGUGUAACUUGAAUCCAAUUUCUAAGUGCAACAUAACUUUCCAGGACGGUCCACCAUACUAUAACGUGUCGGGUCCUGUAUUUUCGCCAAAUUGGAAUGGCCCCUUUACUUUCGGAGCACCCAUGCAGCAAACGUCAGCAUUCGACCUAUUUGUCUCAAGCAUCUACCCUGGGACCACGUGCGUCGGUGACCUUUGUUCGUACGACCCAUCAUACCCAGCACCUCAACCUUUGACCUGUGGAAGUCAUCCGUGUCCUAAGGGCGAAGAGUGCUGUGAAUACAGUCCCUAUACCUCCUACACGUGCUGUGCUAAGGGUCAGAAAUGUACGAAACAAGGCAUUUGUGUUUAGUGCUCAUCGAGUAUCUUUCAAGCGUUUGUCUGUCUUUUGAAAUAAACAGUCAAACCAAAUAAUCGUGCUUUAUUAAUCAAAUUAAACGCAUGUGAUCGGAUUGAAUUUUAACCCACCCUGUAUUACAUUGUUUAUGACAAUACACAUUCACUCCUUACCUAUGAUAUACCGAACUGGGUCCGUACAGCAUCAGGUCAUAGUUCGGUUCAACUAUGAGAGGUAGAAGAAAUAUAGUUGAUUUAAUAUAUUGUUGUAUUUUUCUUUAUCAAUGCUGCAUUCAAUAAUGUGCGGUGACUACGUGUUUUAUUUUAAUGUUAUUUAACCUUAUCGGAUGUUCAAAGGAAGACAACUCUAGGCUAAAUGAAGGUCAUUCUGGGGAUUGGUUAUCGUUUGUCGUGAGAAAAUCACAACUGAUUCUGGCAAUACAUGUUGCUGGAAGUUGAUGUCUUGAUUUAAUUAUGAACGAAAUUAGCCUCGAUCUUUUAUUUAAUAUUUUGUCGUUGUUUUUAUAUAUAACGACCGGUUCCGAUUUCUAAACGAACUUCAAUGUUUUCUUUUUGCAAUUCAAGUGUGCAACAGACUGGAUAAGUGACAGAUGUGUUUUGAGAUGUAACUUAAGACAUUAAAAU